AACCUAAUCAGGGCGUACUCCUCUCCGGCGAAGUCGCCUGCGACGACGACGAGUAGCAUCAUGGAGCUGGACGCGGACAGCCUCGAGCCGUAUAUUGCAGAGAUACUCUCCGCACCAGGGACGGACCUUGCGACGAUCAGCGCGAAGCGAGUGCGGCGGCAGCUGCAGCUUGUCGACCCUGCACUGACGCCGGAGUUGCUGAAGGCCAACCGCGUCGCUGUCGAUGCCGUCAUCACCCGCGUCUUCGAGCGCGUCCAGCAAGAGGGUGGCGGUGUCAGCAGCAUCCAGGGGUACGAGGACAGCAGCCCUCCGCCACAGCAAGCUGUGGCCCCGCUGCCUAAGAAGAAGAGUAGCCAGGAGGCGAGCGAUGCGGAGCUCGCGCGCCAGCUGUCUAGCGAGAUUAACGGUCGUACGAGGAGGAGCAAUGGGAAUGCGGGGAGCGGGGGAACUCGGGCAGGUAGCGGGACGCCCCGGAAGCGCAAGGCGAAGAAGAGCGCUGCGCUCGUCGACACGGACGACGACGAUGACGACAGUGACGGCAGCGGUGGGAAGCCAGCCAAGAAGCAGAAGCGCAGUGAGGGCGGCACAGCGAGGGGCGGGUUUGCCAAGCCCUAUCUCCUGAGCGAGCCACUCGCGGCGGUACUCGGGACAGACUCGCUCUCGCGCCCGCAGGUCGUCAAGCAGCUCUGGGUGUACAUAAAGGCAAACGAGCUGCAAAACCCAAACAACAAGCGCGAGAUCCUCUGCGACGGCGCGCUCCGGCCCGUGUUCAACGUCGACAAGAUCGACAUGUUCAAGAUGAACAAGGUCCUCGGCCAACAUUUGCACGAAAUUGAGAGCUAG